AUGGAUCAAAUUCGAAGGAACGACGUUCAUAAUUGCUCAUCUGGAUGGAAACUUAUACUUCAAACCAGAGAUUUAGGGAUGUUGGUUUCGAUUAAGGAAGAAACCUUCAAACUUUACACUAGAAACUAUAAUGGUUUCUUAUGGUUUAUUACUGCAUUCAAUAUUUCAAUGGAUGACCCUUAUGCUAUUGAGUAUUAUGCAGCUUAUCUUACAAUUCAAGGUCAAACAUCUCGUGUUGAAGCCUUGAGACCAUCCCUUCAAUUUUGGGCCAAUAUUGAGAGAAGAGUUUUUCCAAUUUCAUGGUCUUAUGAUAAGAUUAAAAGAGGAAUUACUCUUAUUUGGUCCUUGAUUGAUAGAAAAGCUUUGAAACGUGAUCCAAUUUUCUAUCAUCAUAUUGAAGGUUUCAUUCAGAGAAAAGAUCAUUAUGAUCCUUUCAUUUUCAAACUCACUAGUGCCAUGUUAGUCAUUGGUUUCAGACUUUUCGCUAGACCAGGUGAAUUAGCUAGACUCAAGUGGGGUUAUGUUACAAAGCUUAGAAAUGGUAACAUCAAAUUAGAUCUCAGUGGUCACAAAACAGAUUUCUUUCUACUAGAAAAGCCGAUUACUAUUGACAAGCAUCUUGAAAAUCCUUCAGUGUGUCCAGUGAAAUUGCUUUUUGAUUACAUAGACACUGUACAGCAUUUCAAAAAAGCAGAUUCACCAUUGUUUUCAUUGCAGGACAAUAUUUUCUUCAACACUGAAGAUGUUUCUCAACUUAUCAAGAAUGCUAUGUUCUCUGUUGAUUCAGAAAUCACUGUUUCUGGUCACAGUUUACGUAUUGGUGCAACUACUGAGAGUAUUAUCAAGGGAAUUCCUACUCAGGAUAUUAUUAUGGGGACUAGACAUAAGGAUGUGAAAUCUUUACAACCUUAUCAAAGACAAGAAGCUCUUGCAGCUCGCCACUUGUCUACUACUCUCCUUUCUCGGGACAAUAUCCAUUAG